GAAAGACGCGUGAUGUCCGUCCAGUAGUCGUGUCCAAUAUGGCGUGUGUAUUGUGAAUUGUAUUAACGUGCAGGUUCUUCUCCUGCCUUUAGUGCAAUCAUUUUUUGUGAGUUGAGGGAAUGAGAUAAAUACUACAAAACUUGUAGUAAGACAAUGUACAAUGAACUACAAUGGGAAUAUGCCAGAUUGGCACCAAUAUAAUACCUCACAAACAAAUGAAGUUACGUUAUCUACACAAAAUGUGAAUUCUGGUCACCUUUCAUUCGUUCCUAGCGUUGGUGCACCGCCACUGAAUGCAAUUAAUCUUAAUUCAGAGGGUUUGAACAAGCAUCAGAACAAUACAAAUUUCAAUCCAAGAAAUUAUCAGUCCUACAACAAUGUUCCGAAUGGCCCGAACAUUCCAAAUAACAACCCUCUUGCAUCUAUGGUGCAAAUGCAGAAUUGCAUUGGUCAUUAUGGUCCUCCGAAUACCAGAAAUCCUGUGUUGGACAAUAUCAAUGCUUCUGUGGAUCCAAGGAACACUACAGUCGGGAAUAUAAAUGAUGAAGCAGGAUAUAGAAACAACCAGGUGCCUUAUCAUGGAGCUAUCACUCACUUGACUGGGUCUAGCUGCAAUUUGAAUACAUCAUCUGGACCAGGGGUCGCACCUGUUGCUGGAACAAGAAAUAGUUCUGGAGCAGGACUCGGAACUAAUCCUGGUAAUGGAACUGGUCCUGGUCCCAUAUUUGGUCCGGGUCCAAGGCAUGGUCCUGUAUCAGGACAUGGAUCGGGUUCUGGAUCUGGAAACAUGGGACCAAGAAAUGCUAACAUGGGUUCUGUACCGCCUGGAAAAUCGUCCGCUUCAUUCAUCCCUUGUAAAGGUUUGUGUUGUAAUUCAGAACCUACCAUUAAUUAUCAGCAGUGGGAAAAAUUUGGAUCCUAUCAAAACAACACUUCAUACAGGGAUAAUGUACACCCACCUAAUUAUCAAAUGGAAAACAGGCAUUUCGGGAAUAAUUGUAAUUUUAGAAAAGAUAAUUUAGAUGGCAAAGAAGUAAUGGGUUCUGUGUUGCCGAACACGUCCGCCGUAGAUCAUAGAAGAAAUUUUGUAGAUUACAAAUAUCAUAAGGAUCAUUUGAUGCAUAGAAAUUACUCGAACUCGUCGGGAAUGUUUCAUAAUUAUCCUAUGCAAGGUUACAAUUAUUCGGCGGAACAUCAGAAAUAUGCUUAUCCCUCGAAGGAGCACAUGAAAACGAAUAAUAUGAACAUACCGAAUUCAGAGAUGGUUAAGCAUCAGGAACAGAACUUCAUGGUUCAACAAAAAUUCAAUAAUAAACAAUUUCAGUACCAAAAUGGAAAUAUGUUACCGAAAGGAAUGCCUGGCUUAAACGUGAACGCGAAUAUAACAUCGUCUACACAGAAUCCUUACUUUAAUUCGCAAUUUCCGAGAAACGUUUCCACGGAAAUGUCACAUGAACGUCAAGAAACCACCGAUAAUACUGCAAUGCCGAAUAGAAUGCCGAGUACUCUUAUGCAUAGUUCUCCUCCACAGCAACAAGUGUAUCAGCAUAAAAUAGCAAUGCAGAAAUUUUCAAUAGAGAAUUGUCUUAACGAACUGAGCAGAAUACCUGGUUAUCAGUCGCAUCCGAAGUACAAGGAAUGUGUUCUCAAAUACAGAGAAGUGUUAAAACUACAGCAGUCCUCUGGUUAUCAAAAUCCAAUUCAAUCAACUUCGCGCGUAGCAACACCUGUGAACACCACGGUGCCGCCAAUUAAUUUACAAUUCGAUCAGAACGGAAUGCUGAUAAAUUCUAGCUACCUUUCUGACGGUUUUACUAAACUGCAACCUACACCUAUUGUACAACAAGCGACGGAAAGCAUAGACAAACAGAAUAAAGAUCAUGCUUUAACUAACGAAACAUGUCAGCAGUCGCAGUCUGCGGAGCAGUUAAUGAUCUCUUCGCAAAAUGAACAUGUACCUUCUUCUCCUUGCGCAGAAACGUUUCAGAAUCAGAAUCAAUUCUCGAUGCACAAGGACUUCAACCAAAACCAAUUGAAAGUCCAAACGAGCAAAAAUCAUAAUCUCAAUACAUUGAGCGAUAAUAAUAGUAACGAAACAAUGAUGCAGCAAAAAGCUUCUAAAGAGCUUGCCAAUAAACCAGUCCUAGAUGUUCGACAAUUUUUGGCUAAUUGGGACGAAACCGAUGACGAAGAAGAAACGACAAAUUUACCGAAUACUGUUUUAAGCGAAACGACUCCUGUGGUUGUGGUAAGCUACGAGAAUGUAGAUCUUUCGUCGAAACGACUACGAGGAAUAGAAGCAUCAAGAAGAAAGAGCUUUUGUUCGAACGAAGCAUUAGAAAAUGAAAAAGAAGAUGAAGCGAACCUAGUAACAGCCGAAGGUUUGACAAUAUCUUAUUCUUCUCCGGUUGAUGAUCCUGAAAUCACCAAAACGUCCAAGAGAACUAUUGGAGAGGGUGUGGUGAAGCCUGGAAGUAUCAUACACUGUAUUAGCAACGGGCCUGACGAGAUACCCACAAUUCAUAUAGUGGACAAUUUAGAAAUAAGCAACAUCCUUGGAGCGUCUAAUGAUCAAGUUAUUCAGACUCUAGAGAAGCAAAAGACAAUAUCAUUCUUUAGGGAAUCGAGCAGCAACGAGACAGAAGCGAUGGCUCUUGAAAGUACAGAGCAACAGGAUAAAAGUGACACUAACGUAUUGCCGGCAAAUUAUGGAGAACCUUUGGAUGAUGUUAAUAAGGAGGAAGCUAGAAUUUCUGAGUCUAUGGAGGCAGAUAAUCAGGAAUUAGAAACUCUAUCAGAGACAGCAAAAACUAAUCUCGAUGCUUCUGAUAAUGUAGAAUUAGAAAAACAACGGAGCUUUGAGGAAUCUCACAAUACUGAUGAUAUAAGUCUACCAGACUUACCAACUUCGGAGUGUACACCAAUCUCCACUACGUUGAACACUCCGAUUCAAUCUGAUAGUGAAGAAUCAUCGGAGAACAUAGAAGAUCUAUCAAUAUCGACGAAUCCCAUAGAAGUGAUGCAAAAUAGUCCAGUGAUCAGUUUCACGCAGUUGAGCAGCGACGAAGAGAUAAAGAAUAGGACGCUUGGUAGUUUAGCAUUGGGUUUGCAGAAAGAAAAUCGUUACAAGAGUGAUGAGGGUAACGCUAGCCACGAGCAGGAGAUAACGUUACAUAAUUUCGACUUCUCUGUCAAUCCAAAGUCGAAAUCGAACGAAAUAAUUAAGAAUAAGCAAUUGAAAAGUCUCGGGCUCAACACUGUGAAGAAGAAGGUAUUUCUAAGCGAUGGUAAAGAGAGUGAAUCCAGAAUUUCGAAUACUUGUGGAAUUUUAACACCGAUAGAAUACGAAUUGGAAGUUCAACAGGAGACAGUGAACAAUGAAAAGAACUUGGAUGGUGGGUCUCCGGCUUGUACGCUCGAAGAGAGGAAUAAAGAUGUUAGACGAUCGAGAGAAACAAUUAAAACUGCGACUCAAAGAAAUGAUUCAAUAGAAAAUUUGAGUCCAAUAGAAUCUAGCGAUGAAAUAGGGCCGAAAAAUGAAAGUGAUUACUUUAGGAAAAAGAAAAUGAAAAUUCUUCACUCAACUAAUGCUACUUGUUCAAUAUCCUCCGAAAUUGAUUCAAGAAAAGCUAGAAAAAGUUUAGAUAAGAAUUCAAUUCAAAAGAAGACUAUUAAUCAUUCGAGACCAGCGAAAGGUCUUGAAGUAAGAAAAUUCAAUGAUCCGAGCUCAUCACAAGCUGAAGAAAAAUCUGUGUGCCAUAUGACUUCUCGAUACAAACACUAUUCUGUUGCUGUGAUAAAGGAUAACGCUACUAUAAGUGACAAAAGAUCUUAUGGCACCACAGACAGAAUACCAGGCCGUGAGAAAGUGGCUCAAUCUAACACAGGAGUUUUUACAUUUCAUGAGACCUUUAAACUGUUACAAAAAGAUCUGAAAGCUGUAGACGGAGAUGUUAAAUACACUGCGGAGGAAAUACGUUUGCUAAAAGAGUACAGGAAGAAAAAAGAAAAAUUUCAUCAAGCUCACGAUACACAAAAUAAUAAUAGUAAAGAUAAUAAGAUAAAAUGUAGGAAAGUUGAAGAGCAAAUCAUCCAGAAGGCCGAUAAAAAUUCAUCUUACCAUAGGAAUAAGUUGGAAUGUUCUCAACUUAAACAGAAUAACGAUAUGUUGGUGACACAUAAGGUGGGCUUUGAAGAAAAUUCUGUAGUUAGCGUACAUUCACAGAAUGUGGAGGCACAGAAAGAAGGAAAAAGUCACUUAGGUACGAAGAGUUUGGAAAAAGAUAUUGAUUUUGGAAUUCAAGUUGCUAACGUAAACCUGAAAAUUAAAGACAGUGAUGUUGAUAAAGAAUUAAUUGUAGGGAGAAAGAACCAGGAACAUGCAAAGGACUCUAUGGAAAGGAUCAAGAUAGAAAUUAAUGUAUCUUGUACAGACAGAAGUUCUAAGGAACAGGAGCAGAAUAGAAGAUUAUUAUAUGACGAUCGUAGUAUGUACAAGAUUGACGAUUCGCCUUCUUAUUCGGAUACGUUUGAUGGCCAACGAAGAUUAAACGCCAAAGAUCAAGAAGAGAAAACUCGUAGAAUAUCCGAGAAAUUCACUGUAGCAGUGGAUGUUACUGAAGCGAAUAAAAUUAAAAAUGACGCGGGGAUGAAGUUAAAUACCUCGCUAAGAAAAGGACGAAGAACUUCGUUGGAUACGAACGAAGAAUGUAACACUACUAGGAUUUCCAAAGACACGUGCGAUAUACCUUUGGACAGUCAGUCUUUUAACAAAUCUAAGAAUGCGGAAACAGUCGAUGCUUCUAACUGCGGUACUAACCACGUCGAUAUAAUUAAGUCAAAGAGUGCAAUAUCAAAUACUGCCAUAAUUAAUGCGAAUGUUACUAAAUUUAAGGGGAAUAAACCCGAGGGGAGCAAAGAAAAUGAUUCUACAGGUGUGAAUGAUGAUAGAGCAGAUGUGUCAAGCAAAAUAGAAAAGAAGAGUUCUAAAAAACUGCCAGAAAGUAAUUUGAUCGAUCUAAGUGCAAAGCCACUGAAUAAUUCGGAUGGUUUGGAUUUGAAUCUUGAUACACUGGUAUAUAAGAAUGCGCGUAGCUAUCACUUGGACGAGAAAUCGGAGGAAAAUGGUUAUACGGGUAAAUGGAAGAAGCCAAAGAUAGACGACAUUUUCGAAGACUGUAAUAUAUUCCAAAGUAGCAGUGGGUAUGUGAAUCCAAUCUUCUCGAGUAUAGAUAAGUUGGAAGAUUUGCAUACAGUUCCUGUAUACACUACCAAAGAUGGAAAAAUAUCCUACAGUCCUAAUCGGAGGUUCACGUACCACGAGCUGAUGAUGGAGGCUCGUAAACGGGAGGCUUCCUCCUCUACAAGGAAAUACCACUACGCGGAUACCUGGAACAGCUAUUACAACUCAAAGUUUCACAAACUUUAUAAAAAGAAGCGGCAGCAUGGCCUUGGCGACAAGAAGAAGCACGAAUAUAAAAAUACCAAGUAUAUUUACGAUAGAAAAAAGAAUUAUUCGGAUGAGUUUUAUAGCAAGAGUCACGUUAAGUACAAAGAUUGUUUUCACAGCAUUAGAAACAACAAUGCUGUAUGGUCCGAUCACAUGAAAAUGUACAGCAGUAGCGAUUCUGAUGAGAUCAUAGAUCGUAAUAAGAAUCAAAUUGCCGAAGAGAAUAAUUUCGAAGAAGAUCAAGAUAGUCAAAAUAAAACUGUAAUAAUUAAGUCGCAUAAAGGUGAAACUAUUCAUGAAAUAGAUCUGAACAAUAAAGAUAAUGUCGGCGACAAUAUCUUAGAUAAACAUCAACAGCCAAUUCAAUCUCAAAUUUUUGAUGCCGACAAGGAAAAUGAAACCUAUAAAAACGCUAAUAAUAAUAAUGCACAAUGGCAUCCACCCGUAUCUCAGCCAUCGAAUAAUGACAAAGAUAAUACCGAUUGUAUCGAUAAAACUGUAUCUGCAAUUCCGGAAAGUUUAUCAGAAAAUCUUAUCAAUAAUGAAAGUAAAAAUUUGGAUGAUGCACUUCCGAAUACAGUUAUGGACAUAGUUGGAAACGAAAUUACUGAAGAUCAAGAGAAUAUGCGUUCAAAUGAUGACCUGUUAAUUUCAAAAUUGCUCAAGGAUAAACCUUCAUCCGAUGAGGAUAAACAAGUGUCUGGAUCGUGUAAUUUAAAAGAGAAAACGGAUGACAAAAUUAAUUCCAAAGAGAUACACAUUGAACAGCAAAGUGAGGGAAUUGAGACAAAGAAGCUUGACGAGACUGAUCCGCCUGAGUCAAGAAAUAGUACGAGAAAUGUAGGAUACGCAGAGUCUAGCAACAGUUUGGAAACUGAUAAAAGUAAUAUAACAGAAUUUGGAACAGAAAAAGAAACUUUAGAACUGCAUAACAACUUUGAUGAUGCAAUUGAUAAAAUCUCGAAAGCAUCUUCAGAACUAGAAUCAUGUAAUAAUGCAAGUAAUGCAAUAUUAGAAGAAUCUGAAGAGAAUAUUAAUAAAAGUACUAUUUUGGAAACUACACAAGAAAAUACAGAAAUUAACGAGGAGAUCGAAGUCCGGAAAGACGAUAAUGCGGAGGAUGAAAAUAUGAAGAAGGAUAUACAAGAAAAUAGCGAGUUUUUGCAACACCAAACUAAAAAAGAAGACACUUGUAUGGUAAUCGAACAAAAAUCUGAAUCUCGAGUAGUACAAAUAUUGAAUGUACUAAUCGAUCAAAAAAGUAAUUCGGAUGAAAGCGUCAACCUUGAGGAUAAGACUGGCAUGAUUUCAGAGAAAAAUGAUAAUGUAAUUAUUGAAGAACAAAGUUUCAUUGGUUUUUCAAAAGAUGAAAUUUGUACUAUAUCUUUGAAAGAUCAAAUGGAAUUUAUUUUACCAGAUACAGAAGAAACCUCAUUAGAGCUUGAAGUAAGAAAUAAUUGUUUAGCGAAUGGAAGUUACUUGGAUAAUUCAGCUGGUAUUUCUGAGAACGAAACAAAUAGCAACGUAAAUCUUUCGGUAGAAGAGGAAAUGCCUGUUUUAGAGAUGUGUUCCGUCAAACAAAAUUCUCCUACUAUGGUUAGUGAGAGAGAUGACAAAGAAGUUGAACAUGAACCAAAUUCUUUGGGACAAGUCUCUUGCACAAGCUCAGAUCAUACAGAUGUAAAAACAGUACCCAAACUGAUUAUAAAGAAAACUGAUAACGUACAUUCAAAUUCAGAAUGUUCGUUAGAUUGUACAGAUUUCGCCGGAAAAUACGAUGCGAAAUUACUGUCUGACGCGCGUCCAAAAAUACCAAAGAUGAUUAUUAUGAAGAGUAGAUCCCGUUCCGCAACACCAACAAUCGAAAUUUUGGAAAAAGCUAAACCCGAUAAGGCUUAUCUUCCGGAACAGAACGAUGAAAAUAUGGAUGUGGAUAAUAGCGACACCGAACAGUAUACUUUAAAACACAAUAAUUAUGAGAACAAAGUGCCUAAAGUGAAAAUAAAAUUGGAGGAAAUAUCGUCCAAAGAUUUAAAAUUAUAUUUAAAACGGAAGGCUGCUAAAAAGAAUAUUCCAAAGACGAGAGUUAAGAAAAUGAAAAUACAGGAAUCAACGGAUAGUUCUGAAACAGAAGCCACAGAUUUGGAUGAAGAAGAUAAAGAUUUUAAUGAAUCAAUAACCAGCGACACAGAUGCUGAAAAAGUACCUAAAUUGAAAUUGAGGAGACAAGAGGAAGAGAGAAAUAGAAAUUCAGAAAAAGAUUUGAGUGUUUUCAAGUUUUCUUCGAAACGAGGUAGGAAGAGAAGAGAAGAGGACACAAAACAUGGCGCAAAAUACGAUAGCACUAAGAUCAUCAAUGAACAACUAAAGAAAAAAUUUCCUCAGUGUAUACUUGAAAAAAUUCCAAAAGUCAUAAUAAAAAGAACGCAAAUUGGUGCAGAGUUCAAGUGUGAAAUUAGUAAAAGUAAAAAGAUUUGGGUCGCUGAAACUUCCAAAUGGCAACCUAGAGUUAAAUUACAGAGAUUAGAGGUUUUGGAUCAUAUGGUAAAGGAUUUGAGGCAAUCAAAAAUUACAAUAAAUGAUAAACUUGAGUCAUUUAUACAAUCCAAAGAUUAUAUUAUCAACGAUGAUAAGAAACAUGAAAUUCAUGAAAGCAAAGGAAAAUUGUUCAGAUCCAAUUCAGUAUCCGAUUUACCUGCUGUAAAGUAUAAACAAAGACGACUAUCAGAUUUUAGUUGCAUGAAAGUAGAUUCGAAAUUGGUUGAAUUGAAUUUGAAUAGUGAAAAGAGAAAUAUUAACGAAGGAGUUAGGGAGAAAUCAUUCUUUGAAAAUAGAGAAGAUCACAACGACCAUAAUAGUGAAAAUGAGAAAGAAAUUGGGAUGGAACAUACGUUUAGAAGUGUUUUAGACAACGACUUGAGUGUAAAGAGAGAAUAUUCGUCUUUUGGGAUCAAAGAAGAUAUACCUUCUGUAGAAAUUAAAUUUCUAAAUUCUGCCAUGAGUUCAUGUAAUACUAGAGAUAAUAGUAAUUCAAUAAUUGAAGUUGAUACCUCGGAUGAAAGUCAAACUACAAUAGAGAUUUUACCAGCGUCGCCAGAUUGUAGCGUGGAUGAAGCAAAAAGCGCAGAAUUUGUAAGUGGACUAAAUGCAGAUGAUGCGAUACCAACUCAAUUGGAGUUGGAAUUAGAGCUUAUGGAUAACAAUCUGCGUUCAGGUAUGCUUGCCUCAAGAAGUGAAUGUUUAUCAUAUUCUAAAAACAAAUAUACCAAUAGCGGAUCAAGCAACUCGUGCUUCAACGAAUUGCCACGUUCCUCGCAGAAUAAUAUUUGUCACAAUUCUAUGGGAAGUACAGGGUCGAACGAUUACUUUUAUUGUAAUGAUUUGUUAGUUAAAGAAGUGUUGACUGCUAAAGAAACAUUGAAGAAAUGUUUAUCGCGAUCGGAGAAUACAGACGUAGAAAGAAUAGGAUCGAGGCCGAGAACUGUAGCUGAGAAGAAACAGGGUUUAAGUUUCAGUUUAAUAGGUACUGGAAAAUCUAGUACCUGUGAUAAUAAAAUGAAAGUAAACAGAAAGCUCAACAGUUCGGGAAAGGAAGAACAUGAAUUUCAUUGUAAGAUGAACAUGGAAACUGUUGAAGAGAGAUGUUCGAAGCGGGAAAAAAUAUAUUCUGGGGAGCAUUCCACAGCCUCUACAUGCGAGGAUAGUAGUGUACCUGAGCCGACUACAAUUUCUUUAAAGGCUUCGAAGAAAUUUGGUCAACCAACUGCGAACGAUAAUGACUCGGAAGAAUCGCAAGAAGAAAAAGUUGAAAAGAAAACUGGCAACAACACCGAGGACCAAAAAGAUCACGAUAGUGCAAAUGAAGUGAAAACUAAGGAAGACAAUAUGCCGUUAUUAGUGCCAGAAUUUGCUUUAAGCUUCGAUUCCAGUUCAGAUAGAGACAGCUCUAGAUCUCCACCCGUUAUAACGAAUCCAGAAGAGAACGAACAAGUAAUAGAGGAUACGAAAUUGAUAGAAAACAAAGUGAUAAAUCAAACUGAGAGAGUAGAUGAGAACAAAAAACAUUCCUAUAAAGACUGUGAAAUGAGCAUCACUGAUAUUAUAAUGCAAUUAGCUUAUCAUGAGAAGGCAACAAUAAAACAUAAAAGAUAUUGUAAUUUGUGCGAGAGAUGGUUUCCAUCAACUGAGCGACAUCGUCAACACUUAAUUGGAUAUCAACAUCGCUAUAUGGAAUUGAGCCAGCGUAAAAGUAUUCAUGCUCUUUUUAUUCUGUUCACUGGCAAACCUUGUCCAAGACUUCUGCCGUCACACACACUUCGCAGUGAUUGUUCCAUAGGAGAACUGACGCCUUUGCAAAUUGCUGUUCAGGAUGUCGCAAACUGCUUACAGUAUACACAACCGCAUAGUAAAACGAAAGAAUGAUGGCAAAGAGUUAUUACGAAUUAUUUGGCCUUCAUAGUUGCAUCUCCUGUAAUUGGGACAAAUGGUGUGAGUACCCCCACGAAAAUAUGUACUAUAUCGAUGAACCAUGAAAUUAAUUUUGUGGCACUUUUAAUGUCAGUGGAAUUGUACAUGGUGACCAUAAUUACUACUUUUUGGUAAUUAUAUUAUUAUUAUAUAUAUACAGCAUUGUUCACUUGGGUAGCCUCGAAUGGUCCAUAUUACUCUUUCGUAGGAAAUAUGUAAUAUGAAUAAAAUAAUUUAGAUAUGUAAUAUGAUGAAAUGUGGAAUUGUAAAUAAUUUUUCUCUGAUUUAUCGUAAAACAUCAACUAACUGUGAGCAAACGCUUGAGAUUAUUCAUAUAGAAUCCAAAAGCAUCAAUAUAAACUGAUGUCAUCUACUAAUUUAUAAUGCAAACGGAUCUAACUAUUCGGCAAGAAAAUUCAACGAAAUACUUUUUUUCGACAUAUGCUUGAAUUUAUAUAUCAAUUUUUACCCAAGGCUAUUCAAAUGAAGUGGACUGUA